GGCGGGGGAGGAGGACGCGGAGAAGGAGUACGAGGUGGACGUGGAGCCCGACCGGUGGAAGUCGUCGUCGCGGAACAGCCGGCUCGAGCUCAUGGGCCGUCUCCCCCCGCUCCGCCGCAUCCCCGGAGCCGACGCCGACGGCGAGGGCGGGUUCCUCCGCGGCCUGGUCAUCCACCCCGACAACAAGUUGUACCGGUCAUGGACUAGGUUCAUAGUGGGUUGGGCAGUGUACAGUUCUUUCCUUACGCCCUUCGAAUUUGCAUUCUACAUGGGGCUCCCUAGGAAGUUGUUCUUCUUGGACAUAGUUGGUCAGGUUGCCUUCCUUAUUGAUAUUGUCCUGAAGUUUCUUGUGGCCUACCGUGACCCUGACACAUACCGCAUCGUAUACAAUCCAACCUCUAUCGCCCUCCGAUAUUGCAAAUCAAGCUUCAUUUUCGAUCUCCUUGGUUGCUUCCCAUGGGAUGCUAUCUAUAAGGUUUCUGGGCAUAAAGAACUAAGAUACCUACUGUGGAUUCGCUUAACACGAGUGCUGAAGGUCAGAGAAUUCUUCACGGAUUUGGAAAAGGACAUCCGUGUGAAUUACCUGUUCACAAGAAUAGUGAAACUCAUAGUUGUGGAGCUCUAUUGUACACACACGGCAGCUUGUAUCUUCUAUUACCUGGCAACAACGCUUCCUGAAUCAAUGGAAGGAUAUACGUGGAUCGGGAGUUUGCAGCUAGGAGACUAUAGCUAUUCCCAUUUCAGGGAGAUCGAUCUUGCCACGCGUUAUGUUACAUCAAUGUACUUUGCCAUCGUCACCAUGACAACUGUUGGUUACGGUGACAUUCAUGCUGUAAAUGUUAGGGAAAUGAUAUUUGUCAUGAUUUAUGUUUCCUUUGAUAUGGUUCUUGGAGCUUACCUUAUCGGUAACAUGACUGCAAUGAUUGUGAAAGGCUCGGCAACCGAGCGAUUCAGGGAUAAAAUGAAAGAAGUUAUCAGGUAUAUGAACAGAAAUAGACUUGGAAAGGACAUCAGAGAGCAGAUCAAGGGACAUUUGAGGUUGCAGUAUGAGAGCAGCUGCACUGAAGCCUCUGUACUUCGGGAUAUUCCUGUUUCUAUUCGUGCAAAGAUUUCGCAAACACUGUACAUGCCAUACAUUGAAAAGACACCAUUGUUCAAAGGAUGUUCGGAAGAAUUCCUUCAACAGAUUGUGAUUAGGCUGCAAGAGGAGUUCUUCUUACCAGAAGAAGUUAUUUUGGAGCAAGGGAGUGCGGUUGACCAGUUAUACUUUGUCUGUCAGGGUGCACUGGAAGGUGCUGCCGUUGGUGAAGAUGGUCAAGAGACUAUUCUAAUGUUGGAGCAAGGGAAUUCUUUUGGAGAAAUUGCUAUUCUCUGCAAUAUUCCACAGCCCUACACUGUUCGUGUUUGCGAACUUUGCAGGCUCUUACGGUUGGAUAAAGAGUCCUUCGCACACAUAUUGGAGAUUUAUUUCACUGAUGGAAGAAAACUUUUGAGCAAUCUUACCGAGAGCAAUGAAUACGGCAAACGGGUUAAACACAUAGAAUCAGAUAUCACUUUCCAUAUAGGGAAGCAAGAGGAAGAGCUUACCUUAAGAGUUAAUAACGCCGCUUUUUAUGGCGACCUUCAUCAGUUGACUGGCUUAAUCCGAGCUGGAGCCAAUCCAAAGAACAGUGAUUACGAUGGGCGGUCUCCUUUGGUACAAAUUACUAAGAUUUGGUUAUAUGCAUCUUUGCCGCAGCAUCUUGCAGCUUCCAGAGGGUAUGAAGAUGUUGUGCAGUUCCUUAUCCAUCAAGGGGCUGAUAUCAAUCUGACCGAUAAAUUUGGGAACACGCCCUUACUAGAGGCGGUGAGGCAGGGGCAUGAUAGAGUGGCCACAUUACUCUUCAGCAAAGGAGCCAAGCUGAACCUCGAGAAUGCCGGUAGCCAUCUCUGCAUAGCAGUAUCGAAGGGAGACUCUGAUUUCAUUCGGGGAGCUCUAGCUUAUGGUGUAGACCCAAACUCGAAAGACUACGACCACCGCAAUCCUCUCCACAUAGCUGCUGCAGAGGGCUUGUAUAUUAUGGCGAAGUUGCUGGUAGAAGCUGGCGCAAGUGUCCUUGCAACAGACAGACGCGGUACUACUCCUCUGGAUGAAGGACACAAGUCCGGGAGUAAGCCACUUAUAAUGCUGCUUGAACAGGCGAAAGCCGAUGAGCUCUCCAAGUUCCCCACACAAGGCGAAGAAGUGAGAGAUAAGAUGCAUACACGACGAUGCUCCGUGUUUCCUUACUAUCCAUGGGAUACUGAUGCCAAGCGAAAGGAAGGGGUGAUGCUGUGGAUUCCUCACACUAUCAACGAACUCAUCAGGUCAGCCCAGGAGAAACUGGGUUUGUCCAGCUCAUGCCUGCGCUUGCUCUGUCAGGAUGGCGUGACGGUCCAGGAUGUGGACAUGGUCAAUGACGGGCAGAAGCUCUAUCUGGUUGGAGACAAGGACACGGGUGACAGCGAGUAGAAGGUGCGCCAAUCGCUGAAAUAAGAAUAAUCAUAUUGUGUUGCAUCAAAAUUUGCAUAUUUUUUUUGGGGUCAGGUAUUUCUGAAAGAGUAGCCUAUUUCCCCC